UGUGUCAUUCUCCUGGGGGAUGUCGAGGUGCACUGAUGGUGGCGCUGAAGUUUUUACUCGUGUUGGCGUGCGUGGCGGUGGCGGCGGUCCGAGCCGAUUCCAAGCCCCACGCCAAACCCGUCCCGAAACCGCACCCAAUCCCGGAAGCGAAGCCUAAACCCGACCCGAAGCCUAAACCCAACGCGAAGCCCGACCCGAAGCCGAACCCGAAGCCCAAAGUCGAUCCGAAAGCUAAAGCCGACCCGGAUUCGAGGCCUCAGGUCGGGGUCCUGAGGCCUCUGACGCACCGAAUCACUGUCAGUCCGAGGCCGCAGCUGCGAGGCUUCGGAGAGGUCGGCAUCAUCUCGCCACACGCAGAUAUCUCCAACGGGAUCGAGGAACCCACGACACAGAGUCCUUUCAGGGAAGAUAUCGAGAAGAAAGGACCUUUUCCCCACAGACUCCGCCCCGUCCCUGUUGUCGACGGCCAUCCCACGGGGAAAUCCGCGGAUGCCCAGAACACCGGCUUCGAGGUCCCCGUCGGCACUGGCAUCUUCGUGAACUCCGGGAGGCCCUUCGACUCCGCCCCCGCCCAGCCCUCCUUCCCGGACUCCACGCCCACCAUUUUCCAUCGCCCCAACUUCCCCUCGCAGCCUGGGUCGCCGCCCGUUCAGAAUUUCCCUGACAGACCUAUUAACUUCCCCGGAUCGAGUCCCGGUUCUAACUUCCCCGACAGGCCUAUCAAUUUCCCUGGGUCGACGAGUCCGUUUUUCCCCGAUCCUUCUAAUCCUACGAAUCCUGGUGGCAAUUUCCCGAAUUUCCCUAAUCCCACCACGCCCCGGCCUAAUUUCCCUAAUCCGACUACACCGAAUCCUAAUUUCCCUAAUCCCACGACUCCUUUCCCGCGUCCCCCUAGCCCGCCGACGACCAAUCCUUUCGUCCCUAAUCUACGACCUUUUAAUCCCUCACUCUUCCCGAAUCCAUCAACCCCCAAUCCAGUUUUCCCUUCAUCCACUCCUACUCCUCUUAAUCCAUCCACUCCUAAUUCUCCCUCCAAUCUCCCUCCAUCCUCCGAAUCCCCUUUCCCUUCCAAUCCUUCAUUCUCCUAA